UGUGGGUAUUAAAGCCGUCGCCCCGCCCCCUGCUUGUCUCUUUCCGUCUCCGGCUGCCAUAGCGAGAGGAGCCGCAGCCAUGUCCGCGCACCUGCAGUGGAUGGUCGUGCGGAACUGCUCCAGCUUCCUGAUCAAGAGGAACAAGCAGACCUACAGCACUGAGCCCAACAACCUGAAGGCUCGCAACUCGUUCCGCUACAACGGGCUGAUUCACCGCAAGACCGUGGGCGUGGAGCCGGCGGCCGACGGGAAAGGCGUGGUGGUGGUCAUGAAGCGGCGAUCCGGCCAGCGGAAACCCGCCACCUCCUACGUUCGAACCACCAUUAACAAGAAUGCCCGGGCCACCCUCAGCAGCAUCCGGCACAUGAUCCGCAAGAACAAGUACCGCCCAGAUCUGCGCAUGGCUGCCAUUCGCAGAGCCAGCGCCAUCCUGCGCAGCCAGAAGCCUGUGAUGGUGAAGAGGAAGCGGGCCCGCCCCACCAAGAGCUCCUGAGCACCUGCCCUUGCCUCUAAAGCAAUAAAGAUGUCAGCCUCCUCA